CAACGGGCAAGAUGACCAGUCUUUCUGCAAAGGACAAGAACACAGUCAAAGCCUUCUGGGCUAAAGUGGCUGGCAAGGAGGAACAAAUCGGCUGUGAUGCUGUCUCCAGGAUGCUGACAGUGUACCCUCAGACCAAGACUUACUUCUCCCACUGGAAGGACCUGAGCCCCGGCUCUGCCCCGGUGAAGAAGCACGGAGCAACCGUGAUGGCUGCAGUUACUGAUGCUGUCAGCAAAAUCGACGAUCUGACCGGAGCUCUUCUGAGCCUCAGUGAGCUGCACGCCUUCACUCUGAGAGUGGACCCUGCUAACUUCAAGGUUCUGUCUCACAACCUCCUCGUGGUCCUGUCUACCAUGUUCCCUGACGACUUCACCCCUGAGGUCCAUGUGGCUAUGGACAAGUUCCUGGCUGCUGUGGCUCUCGCCCUGUCUGAGAAAUACAGAUAAACUGCACACAGGAGCAGAGGACUGCAUUAUGUGCUUUCAUACUUACUACGACUCUGACUUUCAAUAAAACAUUGA